AUGGAAGCUACCAAUAAUAGGAAACAUGCAUCAGCUCCUCGGCUCUCUCCCUCAUCACCGGAGAUUAUCUUUUAUAACAAUUCAAAUAUCUUUUAUAACUUCAAAGACAUCGCUUUAGCCCCUUACGGCGAUAGUUGGAGACAGAUGCGUAAGAUUUGUACGCUUGAGCUAUUAAGCACAAAACGCGUAAGAUCAUUUAGAGCAAUCCGAGAAGAGGAGACAUCAAAUUUUAUUAGAUCAAUUUCCAGUUUAUCGGAAGUUAAUAUUAGUAAGAUGGUGUUAUCUUUAUCCAAUGCCAUUACUUUAAGGUCUGCAUUUGGUAAGGUUUCGGAACGCCACGAAGCUUUCUUGCCACUUGUGCAGAAAAUUGUGCUGGUGUUGGAAGGUUUUAGUGUUGCUGAUAUUUUCCCUUCUGUUAAAUUUCUUCAUGGAAUUACUGGGAUGAGGAGUAAAAUGGAGAAGUUGCAUCAAGAAGCGGAUAUAAUGCUUGAAAACAUAAUUAAUGAACAUAGAGAAAAUAAGAGAUUGGGUAGAAGCAAUUCUCAAGGCAAAGAAGAUGAUCUUGUGGAUGACGAUCUUGUUGAUGUUCUUUUGAAUCUUCAGUGUGGUGAUAGCCUUGAAUUCCCCCUGAGGAUAGAAAAUAUAAAAGCAGUCAUGUUGGACAUGUUCCUGGCUGGAACCGAAACGUCUGCUACAGUAAUUGAAUGGGCAAUGUCAGAAAUGGUAAAAGAUUCAAGAGUGAUGAAAAAAGCGCAAGAAGAGAUAAGGCAGGUUUUUAAUGAAAAAGAAAAUAUAGAUGAAACAAGAUUUGAUGAACUGAAGUACCUAAAAUUAGUUAUUAAAGAAACUUUGAGAUUACAUCCUCCAGCUCCUUUACUUGCUCCAAGAGAAUGCCUAGAGGCAGUGGAGAUCGAUGGGUAUGAAGUACCAAUCAACACCAAAGUCAUUAUUAAUGCGUGGGCAAUUGGAAGGGACAGUCGUCACUGGAAUGAAGCUGAGAAAUUUUAUCCAGAGAGAUUUCAGAACAAUUCUAUUGAUUUUAAAGGGAAUGACUUUGAAUUUAUUCCAUUCGGUUCUGGAAGAAGGAUGUGUCCUGGUGUGACAUAUGGUUUGGCUGUUGUUGAGCUUGUACUUGCAAAUCUGUUAUACCAUUUUGAUUGGAAACUGCCCAAUGGACUGGAAGCUCAUCAGUUGGACAUGUCUGAAACUUUUGGAGCUACAGCUAGGAGAAAAAAUGAACUACACUUACUUGAUUCCCAUUCCGUGCAGCACCUCACUGUUGGAAACAUAAAUUGAAAUGUAUUAAACGAAGAGAGUAAUGAAGUGAAGACUAACUUACGGGUUGCAGCUCAAUUUACAGUACAGGCUGAAAAUAUGGAAAGAGUUCUUUGGUUCGAUCCCCACUAAACGCACCUGCGGGGAGGAACGAAGUGCAAAGAGUGUUAACGGUGACUAAGCCGGAUUAGGCGCUCCCUCAUAAUGGGUCCGGAUACCGAUGGUUUAACAAAAAAAAUAAAGUGAGGACUAACACUACAUGUGUCGUAUGUGUGUAUUAGUGUCAAAGUGUUCUGUCAGAUUGUAAAAUAUUUUGAGAGAGAAAUCAUCUAUGAAUAGAUAAUAGUAUGAAGACUUUUGUUUGUAUAUUCUUUUCGAAGAACAUUCUCUGAGAGUUAUAGGCCCACCUUAUCCUCUA